GAUUUUGUAUGCUUAAGAGAAUGAGGUUUCCUAUUUGCAGGAGGUGUUGUAAUUUUCUAUAGGUGGGGCUCCAGUGUUAUAUAAUCUCAAGGCAGAACUGCUGAGAGGUUAGAGUGAGUUACACUGUGCAAGAGAUACUAGGGAAUCAGGCACGAGGAAACAUGUCUGGAAAACCCAAGCUGCACUACUUCAAUGGACGAGGCCGGAUGGAACCAAUUCGGUGGCUCCUGGCAGCAGCUGGGGUUGAGUUUGAAGAAUCUUACCUGGAAAAAAAGGAAGAUCUGACCAAGUUACAGAAAGAUGGAUCCCUGCUCUUUCAGCAAGUGCCAAUGGUAGAGAUCGACGGGAUGAAGCUGGUGCAGACCAGAGCCAUUGCCAACUACAUAGCAACCAAGUACAACCUCUACGGGAAGGAUGUGAAGGAGAGAGCCCUAAUCGAUAUGUACGUGGAAGGAAUGUUCGAUCUCAAUGAGUUACUCAUGAUGUAUGUUAUCCAACCUGCAGACAAAAAGGAGGAAUAUUUUGCAAAUAUGAUGGACAAGGCUGAAAACAGAUACUUCCCAGCCUUUGAGAAGGUUUUGAAAGACCAUGGCAAAGACUUUCUGGUUGGCAACCAGCUGAGCAGGGCAGAUGUUCAAUUACUUGAAGUCAUUUUAAUGGCAGAGGAGUACAACCCUUCUAUACUUGCAAAAUUUCCUCUCUUGCAGAGCUUCAAAGCAAGAAUAAGCAAUAUCCCCACAAUUAAGAAAUUCCUGCAGCCUGGCAGCCAGAGGAAACCACGAACAACAGAGGAAGAUGUUGCCAGAGCAAUGAAAAUAUUCCGCUCCUGAGCAGCAGUUUAUCCACAUACAAGCUGUAUUUCAUUGUGUUUGAUGUUAGUGACAAAGAAAAAUUAAUGGAAUGAGUGAAAAAAAUGGGUUAUGAUCUCUUUUUCCUUAGCUACAGGGCUGGUUUUAUCCCACUGCAGACAAUUUAUGGUAAAGCUACAUGAGUGUACCAGCAAAAGAAAUUGUCCGCUAAACAGGGGGUGUAUUGGACAACACAGAAUGCCUUAAAUAACUAAAGAGAAUACCUGAAAUAAAUUCUUACUAUUGAUACUCAAAACCCAGCUGGUCAUUGAUUUCUUGCUGCUACUUCUAUGCCUAAGAUCUGUCUGGUGCUAUUUUCCUGGUAUUCCCAAGAAUUGUUGGAAAAUUAGGCAUGAUUAUUCCAAAGAGUAGGUUUUUGUCACAGUAGAGCUAGUCUGCAGCUGGACAGAUAAAUCUGGCUAUAAUAUGAAACCUAACUUGGCUCUUCUAGUUCAAUAAACAACUCCCUAGGUGAACAGUGAGAUUUGAACUCAAAGAGAGCACCUAAUCCCUUUCAACCAUACAUGCAGAGACAUUGCUGGUCCAGGUACUGGGCAGUGUUAAGACCCAGACCAGCCAGCACUUGAGACCCGGUAGUUUUGAGAUGCCUGUAUAAGAAACUCUGGACAAUAAAGCACGCUGUUUGUUGCGGA